GCGCGCUCCGUCCCUCGGCGUCUCUCUUUCUGUCGCUUGCGGUCGCGCUGGUUCCGCCUCCCGCCCGCCCCCGCAUCAUGGGCGGCUCCCUGUCCAAGCCCCACACGGUGAAGAGCUCGGGGGACGGGGCCCGGGGCCCGGGCGGGCCGCGCCCGCUGCACUUCGGCUACAGCGCCAUGGAGGGCUGGCUGGGCUCAAUGGAGGAUGCGCACAACUGCAUUCCAGAGCUAGACAGUGAGACGGCCCUGUUCUCUGUCUACGAUGGACAUGGAGGGGCAGAGGUUGCCCUGUAUUGUGCCAAGUAUCUCCCGGAGAUAAUCAAGGAGCAGAAGGCUUACAAGGAAGGCAAACUACAGAAGGCCCUGGAGGAUGCCUUCCUGGCCAUCGAUGCCAAGCUGACCACAGAGGAGGUGAUUAAGGAGCUCGCUCAGAUCGCUGGGCGGCCCCAGGAUUUCGACGAGAAGAAAGAGAAAGUAGCUGAUGAAGAUGAUGUUGACAACGAGGAAGUGGCUCUUUGGCAUGAAGAAGCCACAAUGACCAUAGAGGAGCCGCUGACCCGCUAUGGACAGAACUGCAUCAAGAACCUCAGAAACAAGCCACUUGCUCCGGCCGGGGAGAUGGGCCAGGAGCAUGGCAGGGAGGAGUGCAGUGAGGAUGAGGAUGGCUACAGCAGUGAGAAGGCAGAGAAUGAAGAGGAUGAAGGUGACACAGAAGAGAUUGAGGAGGAUGAGGACAAAGAGGAAAAGAUAAUGUUACCACGCAUGAAGCGGAAAAAGGAGCCUGGCUCUGACAGCGGGACGACUGCCGUGGUAGCCCUUAUCCGCGGGAAACAGCUGAUCGUAGCCAAUGCUGGAGACUCUCGCUGCGUGGUGUCGGAGGGUGGCAAAGCUGUAGACAUGUCCUAUGACCACAAGCCGGAGGAUGAGCUGGAGCUGGCGAGGAUAAACAACGCCGGCGGCAAGGUCACCAUGGAUGGGAGAGUGAACGGGCGUCUCAACCUCUCCAGGGCAAUCGGCGACCACUUCUACAAACGGAACAAGAAUCUGCCCCCGGAAGAGCAGAUGAUCUCAGCCUUACCCGACAUCAAGGUGCUGACAAUAAAUGAGGAACACGACUUCAUGGUUAUCGCAUGCAACGGAAUCUGGAAUGUGAUGAGCAGCCAGGAAGUGGUGGAUUUCAUCCAGGCCAAGAUCAGCCAGAAGGAUGAGAACGGGGACCUGAGGCCUCUCUCUUCCAUAGUAGAAGAGCUCCUGGAUCAGUGCUUGGCUCCCCAGGCCUCAGGGGACGGCAUCGGCUGUGAUAACAUGACCUGCAUCAUUAUCUGCUUCAACCCACGCUCCACGCAAGCCCACACCGACAGUGGCAAAUGGAAACUGGCAGCAGCAGAGGCCCAGGCAGUGGGGAAGGAGAACGGCAGUGACAGCAGCAAGAAGGCCAAGCGGGACUAGCAGGCCCAGCACAGAGACUUGUCGUGCACUCCCCAGACUCGUUUCCUAAACAAGUUGAACUCGAGACUCCGAAGUCUCAUCUUUUUUCUGGUUUUUAGCCUUAGCAGAGGCCUCGUUUGUGUCCUGGACAGGGGUGGGGUGAGUUAGCAGGGCAUGUCCUGUUGAUUUGUAACCCUUCCAAAGAGUAAGCCGGGAGCAGAGCUGCCAAGCGGGGCUGGCUUCUGUUCCGCGCACACAGGAGCCCCGGCGGAGAUGAGUAGCACGUUCGUGUUUAGAGGAUGGACAUCCCAAGAUUGUCUCCAUGUAGGUGUUGCCAUUUUUGUGCCUGUGACUAUUCUGUUUGGAGGGAAGAACUUUUUCACUUGUUGAGGUUUUUUAUUCUGUGCCCCCUUUAUUUAAGGCCCGUUCUGUUUUUAUUUGUGGAACAAUCUGGAUCAGGUGCCACCGUUGCACCUCGCUCUGUUCCUGUUGAAUAAACCUGUUUUACUAGCUG